UAACAGCUUAUGUUGCUUACUUCCGUUCAGAAGUAGACGUUCUUCUUUCCGCUUGUAGCUAUAAUCAUGGCGGUGGGUAAAAAUAAGGGCCUGUCGAAAGGUGGCAAAAAGGGUGUUAAAAAGAAGAUUGUUGAUCCCUUUACACGGAAGGACUGGUAUGAUGUGAAAGCACCGUCUAUGUUUACAAACCGUCAUGUUGGAAAAACAUUGGUAAACCGAACGCAAGGAACAAAAAUUGCAUCGGAAGGUCUGAAGUUUCGUGUGUUCGAGGUUUCAUUAGCUGAUCUUCAAGAUGACAAUGAUGCAGAAAGAUCCUUUCGUAAAUUUAGAUUGAUUGCGGAAGAUGUGCAAGGUCGUAAUGUGCUAACUAACUUUCAUGGAAUGGACCUAACAACAGACAAACUAAGAUCCAUGGUAAAGAAAUGGCAGACUCUGAUAGAAGCUAAUGUUGAUGUAAAAACGACUGAUGGCUAUUUGCUCAGAGUUUUUUGCAUUGGUUUUACAAACAAAGACCAAAUGAGCACUAGAAAAACAUGUUAUGCCCAACAUGCGCAAGUUAAAAGAAUUAGGCAAAAAAUGGUAGAUAAUAUCACGAAUGAUGUUAUUAAAAGUGAUUUGAAAGGUGUGGUCAGCAAGCUUUUGCCUGAUGCUAUGGCCAAAGACAUAGAAAAGGUGUCUCAAAGUGUAUAUCCACUUCAUGAUGUUUACAUCCGCAAGGUAAAAGUUUUGAAGAAACCAAGAUUUGAAUUAAGCAAAUUGCUUGAACUACAUGGUGAUGGUGGUGGUAGUAAGAGCGAAGACAUUGGAGAAAGUGGCUCGAAGGUUGAUAGGCCUGAGGGUUAUGAACCUCCAGUGCAAGAAUCUGUAUAAGAGAUUUAUUCUCUUAUUAUAUUUCUUAAAAAUAAAAACCAGAAUUUCGUGUUAAAAAAAA